CCCGACCCGACUCUGGCCGGGGCUUCCGUGCGGACUCUCAGUGGAGCCCUGCAGUGCGUGCACGCGCGGACUCGGAGGCGCGCUCCCGCACCAUGGUUUACCUUCCAGGCCUGCUGGUGCUGAUGCUGAUGGUGACGGCUAAAGGCAGCAUUGGGCCCAGUAACAACUCCAGUUUCUGCACAGAGUCGAAAGAGUGUCUGCUGUUUGAUGUGGUGUGCAAGACGGGCGAGUAUGAGGUGCGUCACUACGACCCUAGCAGGUGGGUUUCGACAGAUGCAGAGGCCUACUUCAUGGGCGUUGGAGCUGCCAUGGCCUUUAGAAGACUCUUCAAAUACAUAUCAGGAGCCAACGAAGAGGCUGUGAACAUUGACAUGACUGCUCCUGUGCUGGUGAAAAUCCCCGAGGAGAGAAACAUGUGGGAACCAGCAGUCUAUACUCUGAGCUUCCUGUUGCCUUCUGAAUAUCAGGAAAAUCCCCCAAAACCCACCACCGAGAAGCUCUACUUCACAGAUAUGCCAGAGAUGAACGUAUACGUUCGGAGUUAUGGCGGCUGGAUGCUCUCCCUUACCUCCAGGCUGCACUCACACCUGCUAACCAGAGCACUAGACCGUGUGCGAGCUUCCUACAACAGCUCGUACCACUACUGCCUGGGCUAUGACAGCCCCAUGAAGCUCCUGGAUAGGCACAACGAGAUCUGGUACGUCGCUGAAGGAGAGCCCGUCUGCAGUGUCCCUCAGCACCCAGCCUCUGCCAGUUAGACCCCGUCGAUCCCACGGUACGCAGAGGAACAUCUGAGAGGCAAGUCCCAGCUUCUUUCACAAGCGUGCCGGUGAACCCCACCCGAGUGGCCAGGCCUCGCCAUCCUCUUCCUCUCUGCUUUCGCUCACAGUACUUGAACAUCUUGCCGUCUCUCAACCUCUUUACCGCAGUAUCAACACAGUGUACAUCCAUUUCAAUCGCUCCGAGCUAAACGCUGUACUUGUCGGACAGAAUCACACUGAUUUUACCACACUGGCUGCCUGCUUUAUGUCUCUGUAGCAAUUGUGUUGAAAGGUGUCCUGAGGGGAGAUUGUUGUUGUUUACUGACAUCACAUUUGUUUCUUGCACAUCCUCUGUGCAUAUUCAUUAUGGGACUUACAGACAUAAAGUGUACACCGUCAAAAUAGUUGUUUUUGUUUUAACUGUGUCUGCAUGUUUCAUCCUGGUGCGCUGAACAGCUCUGCACCACCUACAUGGUGAAUGUACCCAACAGCUGAAAUUUCCGCAUAAGAUAAAAUGCUGAACACUGA